CACUCUGGGUCUAUUUUUCCCCUCCGAUGGCUCCCUCUUCUCACUUGUUGCUUCUCCUACCUUAUUUCUGUCUUCCUUUCUCAAACACCUCCUGUAUCUGAUGUUGGAGCUCAUGGAGGCCUUCCUCUGUGGGUAUGGUUGAACCCUUCAUUGCCCUCAUUUGUGGGUUUAUUUCUUCUUUCCUCCAUGCUGUCUGGAGAACAUUAGUGCCACACGAGGAGCGAGUCUCUUCUCUUACAGAGCUCAUGGAAGAGUUGAGCCCCAGUCAGCUGGCUGUCAGACAGCUGAAGAAACAGUUCCUGGAGGCCCUGCAGGCCAACAAUGCUGAACAGGUCCUGCAGAUCCUGCACACAGGGAAAUUAGAUAUCAACGUAGUGCUGGAGGUGGACGACCCUGGAAUGAUACUGGCCUCAUACAAACAAGGUUAUUGGCUCCCAGGAUACAAACUGGAGAAGUCGUGGGCGAUGGGGAUCCAUGUGUGUGUGAUGUACAACGCUCUGGAAACAGCUCUGGUGCUCCUUCAGGAAGGUGCAUCCAUCAACGGAACGCCCAACGGGAAGACUCCACUGCAUGUGGCCUGCGAGGUCUCCAACAGCGACUUUGUUUCUUUGCUUUUGUCUCACAAGGCGAGGGUCAACAGCCUGUCACUGAGCGGGCACACACCGCUGCACCACUGCACCCGCCGGGAGUCUGUGGACUGUGCCAAGCAGCUCAUCCUCAAAGGUGCAGACGUCAACAUGCCUAGCCACAGCAAUGAAGAGGAGACUGCUCUACACACAGUAGCCAGGUUUGCAGUCCCGGAGCUGGUGGCUCUCUACUUGGCUCGUGGAGCGCGUGUGGAUGCUCUCAACUCUCUGCAGGAGACUCCACUCAUGACUGCAGCUUUCUGGGCUUUUGACACCAGAGAACAAGUCUACAGAGAGGACCACCAUCUGGUCUGUCGCCUCCUGCUGGACCACGGGGCAGACCCAAAUCUCCAAGAAGAGGAUAACAAAACAGCUCUUCACAAAGCCGCCUGGAACUGCGAUCAUGUCCUGAUGCAGAUGCUGCUUGAGGCUGGAGCGAACACAAGAGCCAUGGACAUCAACGGCUGCGCCCCCAUCCAGUAUCUGCUCAAAGUGACUGAUGUCAGGCCUGCUGCCAUACCUGAGCUCUGCUACCAGCUGCUGCUCAACCACAAUGCAGCGCGGGUCUACCCACCACAGUUCCACAAGGUCUUGCAGUCCUGCCACAACUUGCCCAGGGCUGUAGAAAUCAUGGUCAACUCGUAUGAACGCUUAAAGCCCACAAAUAAGUGGAGAGCUGCCAUCCCUGAUGAGUGCUACAAGAGACAUAAAGUUUUCUACGACUCUUUGUUUGCCGUUUGCAGCAACACUCCUCGCAGCCUGCUUCACCUGAGCCGGUGUGCCAUCAGAGCCAGCCUGGCGGAGCUCUGUUACAGAGGUGUCGCACAGCUGCCUCUGCCUUCUUCCAUGAAGAAAUAUAUAUUACUGGAGCCUGAGGGGAUUCUCUACUGACGAUGGUCAUCAGAGACUUUUUUUUUUUUUAAAUCCAUAUUCUAAUCUGCAGCCUGACACCUAAAAGAUUGAACAGGAACUUUCACUCCCUGUCUGCAGAACAUGCAAAGUGAUCUUUGAACUUUUUCUCAUGCAUACCAUUCCUUGAGGCUUUCCCUUAGGAACAAGAAAUCCCUCAUUAGUGUUUGACAGCUCAAGAGAUAUUUGCUGUGGUAAUUCUUGUAAUAAAAAAAUAUUCAUGGUGAAUGGCGAGUGAGAAUUCCUCUUCCUGUGUUACUUCCCCUGAUUAUUAGAGGUUUAAGGGGAACAACAAUCGCCUCUCUUUUCUGAAGUCCUUGUUUUAAUUAUAUUUAAAUGACUCUUUCCAUAAA